CUGACAUAACAGGAUACAUAGUCUCGGCAACUCCACGGACACUGCCAGUGCCAGUCUAUCUUCUCCUCACGCAAACGACCCCGGUGACCGACAAACCGCGUCCCAUUUUAUGACCCCAGUGGGCCUGAUUACUGCCCAACUGCACGCAUUGUCUACCUUAAUUUCAGUUUAACACUGUUCCUUCGGCACCGCACGUCAUGCUAUUCCGGCCGCUUGCAUUGACCAUACCGCAUAUUGCCUAUGCAUGUCUUGGAGGUUUUGUCGUCGUGUUUGGCAUGUUCUCUUUGUUUAUUCGAGAGAAGCUUUAUAUUGGCGAGGCAUGCUGGGCAUUUCUUUUCGGCGUCAUCAUUGGCCCUUACGGUGCCGGCAUAUUUGAUCCUCGUAGCUGGGGUGACAAUCAGACCGAGGAUACCGUGAAUGAAAUUACGCUCGAGUUUACUCGCGUUGUCCUUGCCAUAGGAGUCUUCGCCAUUGGCGUCGAGCUUCCAAAAGCUUAUAUGAAGCGUCACUGGAAAAGUUUAUUAUUCCUUUUAUUCCCUGUCAUGACAUGGGGUUGGUUUGUGUCGGCAGGCUUGAUUUACGCUUUGAUACCUGAUCUCAACUUCUUGUCGAGCCUUGCUGUUGCUGCAUGUUUAACCCCUACCGAUCCGAUUCUUGCCGCUGCAGUUGUGGGUGGCAAAUAUGCCGACAAGCAUGUUCCUGCUCAUCUUCGCCAUCUCCUGGCAGCGGAAAGCGGUUGCAACGACGGAGCAGCAUAUCCCUUCUUGUAUAUCGCAUUGUACCUCAUCUUGGAUUCCAGCACAGGUCGUGCAAUUGAAGACUGGUUCCUUCUACUCUGGCUUUAUCAAGUUAUCUUGGGUGUGGUGUUUGGCGCCUUGCUAGGAUGGGGCUUCAGGCACCUUAUGAUAUUCUGCCAGCGCAACGACUUCGUCGACCGGCAGUCCUACGUUGCACAGUACAUAUCCUUGGCCUUGCUAACCAUCGGUAUCAUGACCAUGCUAGGUUCUGAUGACCUCCUGGCAGCGUUCUCUUGCGGGACGGCAUUUGCUUGGGACGGUUUCUUCAACCGCCAGACUGAGGAAUCAGUGUUCAGUUCCGUUAUCGACUUAUUAUUCAACGUCGCUGCCUUCGUUUAUGUUGGCGCAUGGAUGCCGUUUGACAGUUUCAGCAACGAGACCCUCUCACUUAGCGUGUGGAGACUCGUCGUUAUUGCCAUUUUAGUGUUGACCUUAAAAAGGCUGCCAAUAAUGAUUGGGCUCUAUAGAUUCAUACCCGACGUAAAGACUUUCCGGGAAGCCGUUUUCAGUGGUCAUUUCGGGCCCAUAGGCAUUGGCGCUGUGUAUAUCUCCACAGUAGCAGCCCAGCAGCUUCCAAAACCUAACAACCCUCCAGCCAACCAGUCUGAAUACCUGGCAUCCACCAUUCAACCAAUCGUCGCAUUCAUGGUACUCUGCAGCGUCGCUAUCCACGGUCUGUCCAUCCCGUUCUCGCUCCUAGGCCGCCGCGUGCAUUCAGUGUCUCGUACGUGGUCCCGCCACACUACACCCGCCACACCGGAUUGGGCAACGCAUACGCGGCACGUCACGCGUGCGGAAGAUGUCAUCAUCAACCGUGACCCCGCUGGACUCGAGCGUGGCGAGGGCGGGUUGACAGAGGAUGAGAAGUCGGCACUUGAGAGCAAGCGUGCAAGCACGAUCACUGCGUCGCCGCUGAGUCCCGACGACGUGGAAGAGAUUGGUGAGGGAAGCAGUGUGGAGACGCGCGCAGAAGCUGCACUGGCGAAGGACGAGGAAGAUAUGAGGGAGGAGAUACCCCCUGAUGGGAAGGAUACGACUGCAGAAUGGAAAGAAGGCCCGCAUAAGAUUAUUGAGCGACGAGGUGGUCCUGGUGAAGAGGUCGAUGUUGAGGUUAUUUAUAACGCGUUCAAGCGCUCGGAGGGAGUCACGCAUUCGCGGUUCCCUGCAGGAGCAGCCGGCGCCCUGCAUGCAGGUCGCACAUAUCUUCGCAGGUUACAUCAUGCGCCUGAAGAAAUUCACCGGGGAGCUGAACACGUCGAAGAAAACAUUAAGCAUGAUAUACAUGCCUUAGAAUCAAAGACCCGAGAAGUUCUUCACAUUGGUGGCUCGAGCGAUGAAAACACCGGGGCAUGUGCCGAAGGUGAUGAAGACGAAGAGGGAUGGGCGUCGGACAAAAGCGGAGAUGGCGAUGGGCCUGCGUACUCAUCUGGGGAACUGCCUGGCGGUCACAGGAAGCGUCUAAGGUCAUGGAAAACGAAGGGCGCGACCCAUCCCGCUGCCGCGAGAAGUGCGAGGAACAAUCGACGAAGACAAUCAACGGGUGACGGAACGUUCUCCAGCCAUGCUAGGCAACUUCUGGAACAGGACCCACCGUUCGCCUCAGCGACUGACCCGAGCGAGAACGUGCCGUUGGAUGAUGAUGACCAGCGUGGGAGAAGCCAUGCGCCUCACCGACAGGGAUCAGGGCACACUUCCCGUCGCUCCAUCCAACAUCGACGAUUGGAAUCUCUGAAAAGCAGCGAACAUAACUCGCGUGAUGUCUCACCUGCUCGGUCGGUCCGAUUCGUCGACGAAGAGCCUUGGAAUGGUGCAAGUACUCCCCGGACGAUGCUUGACCAGACGGCCCAGGGCAGUUCUGUCGAACCGCCUUCGACUGACGACUCGGAGUCGAGAGGGAAAGUCACAUUCGGCCUCACCCCUGUGAGACGCGUGUCUGAAGACUAAUAUUAUAUAUAUAUCUCUAUCUCGAUGCGUUUUGGGUCGCCUAGUCGCGACAUUAAAAUCAUUCGAAUAUUGCUUUCGUCAUACCAUAACCUCAUAACUUGUCGUCAAUGUAGCAUUAAUGGCUUUGAACAUGAUGUAUAGCUAUAGAUACUUAUAUCGUCUCCAAGUUACCACUGUAUAUGAAAGACAUUUUGAUAUGAC